GUGUGGAGUUAGUGCUGAGUGGCAUCCACGGCUCUCAGGGAGAAACACAUUCUGCAUAUGAGGAUUUAGCAUUAAACUGUCACAAAGCUGAGCCCGAAUCCUAAAAAUUGAAGAUAAUUGUAUUUUUGGUUAAUUUUCUGGAUUUUUGUCUAGAGCUUUUCUUCAAGGGUUCACUUGGUCCCUCUUCUGGUUCACCGCAGAACUACAAGUCCAGGUUAGCAGAACAUAUGCAAGUACGGUAGUAUUCAAUCUGGUAGCACUUUCGAUUUUAAGGUGAUAUUUAUGACCGACCUUAAAAAAUGAUGACUUAAUAAAUUACUAAAAGUUUGAAAAAUAAAAUGAAAUUAACGUUGCACAGAUUAAUCUGUAACGGAACUGGGAACGCAAGACGUCGAUGCUAAAGUCGAUGCAAGAAUGCCCAGCGUGUGCGCAGUGUUCGGAGGAUCCAGAGGUAUUGGGAGGGCGGUGGCACAGCUGCUUGCCGAGAAGGGGCACAGAGUCGUUGUCGUCGCACGAAAUAUGGAGGCUGCUCAGGCCACGGCCUCUGCUCUGGGGAGUGAGCACAUUGCACUCAGUUGUGAUGUUUCAAAGGAACAGGAAGUUUUGAAGACAUUUGAGAAGAUUCAGUCUCACUGCGGUAGUAUUAACUACCUGGUCAAUGCAGCUGGUGUUAACAGGGAUGGCCUCUUGCUACGGAUGAAGACAGAUGACAUAGUCACACUGCUACACACAAACCUGCUAGGUGCAAUGCUUACCUGCAGAAGUGCUUUGAAAGGGAUGCUUCACAACCAAGGAGGUGCCAUUGUAAAUAUAGGCAGUGUUGUUGGUCUAAAGGGCAAUGCUGGCCAGUGCGCAUACAGUGCCAGUAAGGCAGGACUGGAGGGAUUCACACGCUCUCUCGCCAAAGAAGUUGCCGGAAGAAAUAUUCGUGUCAAUCUGGUUGCUCCAGGUUUCAUCCACACGGACAUGACAGCGGAACUGAAGGAAGAGGAAUUGAGGAAGAAGAUCCCAUUGGGACGUUUUGGGGAGCCUAGGGAGGUGGCCCAGGCUGUCCUCUUUCUCCUUGAGUCCCUGUAUGUGACCGGCCAAGUGGUCGUUGUUGACGGGGGGCUACACCUGGUCAUGUAAAGCCAGCGGUAUCUCCCGGUGUCUGGGAGUGAACUGGAAUUCCUGGCUGUUUCGUCUGUGGACAAAUGUCUUGAUCACGGCACGGUUCUGUCAUUCGAACAACGGAGAGCCAUAAAAGAAGCUGCUUUUUCAUGAUGAGAUUUGGCUGAAGUGGUUAAAUAGUCCCCAUGUUCUACUCUGACAUGAUCUGUAGUUCUGGAAAAAUCUGUACAGUAAAACAGAAAGACACAUCAGUGAUUAAGAACUAAUUAAACAUUAAAACCAGCAAGUUGUA